CCUUUAUUUCAGGCUCGUGUUUCUUCCGGGGGUGUUUAAGCUCGUGCAGCAGUCAGAGUGUGGUGGCUGCUGUGUUUGUGUUGUACUGAUUAUUAUUUUCAUAUUGAUCCGUGAUGCAGUGCGGCUGGCCUCUAUUAGGUCCGCUGCAGUGGAUCCGUUACGUCAACAAACAGGUGACGGUGAAGGCGGGAAAAGACGAACAGCACCGCGGCUGGCUGCUCACCGUGGACCCGGUGUCCGCCAGUCUGGUCCUGGUGAACUUCAGGGAGGAGGGGGUGGGGGCGUCGGUGCAGGUGGUGAUGGGUCACGCUGUGGAGGAGGUGGCGGUCCUGCAGGAGGCUGAUGAGGAGACCACCCAGCGUCUCCAGACCUCCUUCCUCCCCCCAAGGACCCGCAAGCUGGACCCGGAGGAGCUGAGAAGGAGGAAGGGGGGCGUCCGGAGGUGGCUGGAGAAGAACCGGGUCCCGGUGGAGGAGGAGGGGGAUGAGCUGAGGGUGGCGGGGGUCCUGACCAUCACAGCCCCGUACAGACCUGAAGACUGCUGCAGCUCCAACCAGAUCAUCCUGGAUCGCAUUCAGAAACUGAUCCAGAGUCUGAUCCAGACUGUCCCUGAACACCUGAACACAAACCAGAGCUGAAAACUUUAUUUAAAACCUGACCAAUCAGAGCGCUGCGGCUGUGACUGACAGCUGGUCUGGAACCAGUUUGACUCUUUUUGUCCAAUAAAAAUCGCAGAAGCAGAAAAUGUCUUUUUGUUUGCUGCAGAUGUUUUGAUACGAUAUUUGAGUUUCAGUUCAAAUAACAAAUCAAUAAUUAUUUUGAUAAACAACUGAGAGGAAAUGUAGAAAUGAUUUGAAUCAGGAAGAAUCUGAUAUCUGAGGCUCGGCUCUCAGGACAGUUUGAAUCAGUUCAUCUUCCAGUUAUUCUCUCAAUUAAUCGAUUGAUCUUCACGUCUUCGCGUUUUGUUUUGUUUAAAACUCAAAGAUUCAAUUCACUGAAAUAAAACAGAAAAAUAGAAAAUCUGAGAUUUAAGAAGCAGAAACGUUUAACGAUGAAUCUGUUAUUCCAAAUAACUGCUGAGCUGAUUAAUCAGCUAAUUGUUCCCGUUCGGAGGUUUGAUUCCCGGCUACAGAUAAAGACUGAAUGUUUUAUAACAACAAGUAAAACUGAAGUCACGACGGCAGCGACGAGUGUGAUCUGUGAUCCAGGUGGUGGUUUGAGAAAAGUCUCGCCUGGAUUCAAACCUGCAACGUUACAGUUACAUGAUGUGUGUCUGAACCACUCGACCAGCGGGACGUUUAGCUUCUGUCAAACAUCUGAAAUGUUCCCUUUUCUCUCUCUGACUUCCUGUGAUUAAAAAAAAUAAAAGUUGA